CGCCAUGGAGACCGCGUCCCCGUUGAGGCCUAGACACGCGCGCAGCCUGCGGCUCCACUGGUCGCGGCGCAGUCGUCAGCGGGGGGAUCAGGCGCUACACGGCCGCCUUUGUCUCUCUCUGUCUCUCUCUGUGUCUCUCUGUGUCUCUCUCUGUCUUUCUAUCUCACCUGGCCCGCGUCGCGCUGUUCGCGAGUGAGAUUUACGUCGGAGCGGACCUAGGGGCGAGACGGUGCAGGCCACCAGGAAUGUCGACGCCGCGCGGGGAGGCCGGGCAGGGCGAGGGCAGCGGGAGGGCAGCCCACGAGACAACGGAGAGGGCAGUCAGUGAGACAGCGAGGGCAGUCAGUGACACAGAGAGGGCAGUCAGUGAGGGGGUAGUCACUGACACAGAGAGGGCAGUCAGUGACACAGAGAGGGCAGUCAGUGAGGGGGCAGUCAGUGACACAGAGAGGGCAGUCAGUGAGACAGAGAGGGCAGUCAGUGACACAGAGAGGGCAGUCAGUGAGGGGGUAGUCACUGACACAGAGAGGGCAGUCAGUGACACAGAGAGGGCAGUCAGUGAGGGGGCAGUCAGUGACACAGAGAGGGCAGUCAGUGAGACAGAGAGGGCAGUCAGUGUGGGGGCAGUCAGUGACACAGAGAGGGCAGUCAGUGUGGGGGCAGUCAGUGAGACAGAGAGGGCAGUCAGUGACACAGAGAGGGCAGUCAGUGUGGGGGCAGUCAGUGAGACAGAGAGGGCAGUCAGUGAGACAGAGAGGGCAGUCAGUGACACAGAGAGGGCAGUCAGUGAGGGGGCAGUCAGUGAGGGGGCAGUCAGUGUGGGUGAGGGGGCAGUCACUGAGACAGCGGGGGCAGUCAGUGAGACAGAGAGGGCAGUCAGUGAGACAGAGAGGGCAGUCAGUGAGGGGGCAGUCAGUGAGGGGGCAGUCAGUGUGAGUGAGAGGGCAGUCAGUGAGGGUGAGGGGGCAGUCACUGAGACAGCGGGGGCAGUCAGUGACACAGAGAGGGCAGUCAGUGACACAGAGGGGGCAGUCAGUGAGGGUGAGGGGGCAGUCUUUGUGGGUGAGGGGGCAGUCAGUGAGGGUGAGGGGGCAGUCAGUGAGGGUGAGGGGGCAGUCAGUGUGGGUGAGGGGGCAGUCAGUGACACAGAGAGGGCAGUCAGUGACACAGAGAGGGCAGCAUGUGACACAGAGGGGGCAGUCAGUGUCACAGAUGGGGCAGUCGGUCACACAGAGAGGGCAGCAUGUAACACAGAUGGGGCAGUCAGUGUCAGUGAGGGGGCAGUCAGUGACACAAAUGGGGUAGUCAGUGACACAGAGAGGGCAGUCAGUGUGAGUGAGGGGGCAGUCAGUGUGGGUGAGGGGGCAGUCAGUGUCACAGAUGGGGCAGUCAGUGUCAGUGAGGGGGCAGUCAGUGUGGGUGAGGGGGCAGUCAGUGUCACAGAUGGGGCAGUCAGUGUGAGUGAGGGGGGAGUCAGUGUGGGUGAGGGGGCAGUCAGUGUCACAGAUGGGGCAGUCAGUGUCAGUGAGGGGGCAGUCAGUGUGGGUGAGGGGGCAGUCAGUGUCACAGAUGGGGCAGUCAGUGUCAGUGAGGGGGCAGUCAGUGACACAGAUGGGGCAGUCAGUGACACAGAUGGGGCAGUCAGUGUCACAGAUGGGGCAGUCAGUGUCAGUGAGGGGGCAGUCAGUGUGGGUGAGGGGGCAGUCAGUGACACAGAUGGGGCAGUCAGUGUCAGUGAGGGGGCAGUCAGUGUGGGUGAGGGGGCAGUCAGUGUCAGUGAGGGGGCAGUCAGUGUCACAGAUGGGGCAGUCAGUGACACAGAGGGGGCAGCCUGCAGUGCCACGGGUGUGGGCUCCGUGGCUGCCCCAGCUCCUGCGGCCGGAGCUGCUCAUGGUGCCCGGGCAGACGGAGACGGCGCGGGAGGGGCAGCAGGGGCAGCAGGGGCAGCAGGGGCAGCAGGAGCUGCGCCCGCUUCCGGCACGGGAGGAGGAGGAGGAGAAGGGCAGCAGAACGACGACGGACCCAGGAUGACGGCCAAGGUUCUGCGAGAUCUCUGCAAACAGCACAAACUCUACGUGACGCCUCGACUCAACGACGUGCUGUACCUCCACUACAAGGGCUUUGCCCGUAUCGAGGCGCUGGAGGAGUACAGCGGCCUGCGCUGCCUCUGGCUCGAGUGCAACGGCCUGCGGCGCAUCGAGGGCCUGGGGGCCCAGCUGGAGUUGCGCUGCCUCUACCUGCAGCAGAACCUCGUGGAGCGCGUCGAGAACGUCGCCCACCUGGUGCACCUCGACUCGCUCAACCUCAACCACAACUGUCUACGGGACCUCGAUGGUGUCGCGUCCCUGCCGGCGCUCACCACCCUCCAGGUGUCCCACAACCACCUGGAGUCGCUGGACUCCAUCAGGGCCCUGGCCUCGUGCCCCCGCCUCAGUGUCCUCGACCUCUCGCACAACCUCAUCCGCGACCCGCAGCUCGUCGACAUCCUCGCAGCCAUGCCCAGCCUGCGCGUGCUGACCCUGACGGGGAACGCGGUGGUGCGGGACAUCCCCGACUACCGCCGCACGCUGACCGUGCGCCUGCCCCACCUCACCUUCCUGGACGACCGCCCCGUGUUCCCCAAGGACAGGGCGUGUGCCGAGGCCUGGGCACGGGGGGGGCCGGGCGGCGGAGCGUGCGGAGCGCGCCGCGUGGGAGACGCGGGAGCGCCGGCGCCUGCAGGAGGCCACCGCGGCGCUGGGGCAGCGGCGCUCGGGGCGGAGAGUCCGGGCCGACGGUGACAGCUCCUCCACCACAGGGGCCAGUGGCAAGCAGACCGGCGGUGGCGGCGCCUGCGGUGGGGGCGGUGAUGAGGGCGGUGAAGGCGGUGAGGGCGGUGAGGGUGGUGAGGGUGGUGAGGGUGGUGAGGGCGGUGAGGGUCAUGAGGGUGUUGAUGGUGGUGAGGGUGGUGAGGGUGUUGAUGGUGGUGAGGGUGGUGAGGGUGUUGAUGGUGGUGAGGGCGGUGAGGGUGGUGAGAGCGGUGAGGGCGGUGAGGGUGGUGAGAGCGGUGAGGGUGGUGAGGGUGGUGAGGUUGGUGAGCCACAGUUGGACCGCCGUCCCGAUGGGACUGGGCCGGGAGGUGCGGUGAGGCCGGGCGGCAGCAGCAGCAGCAGUAGCGGCAGGAGCAGCAGCCGCGUGCAGGAGGUGGAGGAGGUGGCAGCGCGGGACGACACCAGCAGAAACAUCAGCCUUGACGACUUGCCCGACCUGGAGGAGGCGCCGGUCUGUGGUGAGGAACUGUGGGACCCGGCCUCUCAGCACCCCGGGGAGGUGCUGUUCCCCUGGCAAAGCCCAGCAGCCAUCGGGGCCGGCAGGGCCCCUGGGGUCGCUGGGGAGCGUGGCGCGUCGUGCCGGGGCGUGGUGAAGCGGCCGCUCAUCGAGGAGAUCUCGUCCAUGCCUGCCCAGGGCCUGCUCGCCUCCCUUGGGCCGUCGUAAACCAGACGACACUGAGGGCCGUUCAAUUUCGAUUUAAAGCUUUCGUGACUGCAGGGAUUCAUCUUCUUGGUUGAAGACAGAGUCUUCAGACGCUGUCUUCUCGACAGACCUGUUCUUCAGCUGUUGUGGCCGAAACGUCGUGAGAAUUAUUUUAUAAUGUUUUAUUUUUAUUCUUUUAUUAUUUCCAUUCUACCUGACUUUACCGAAAGAACCAAGAAAACUGAGGGCCGUGUUAGACCGGCUCACCGUGUUAGACCGGCUCACCGUGUUAGACCGGCUCACCGUGUUAGACCGGCUCACCGUGUUAGACCGGCUCACCGUGUUAGACCGGCUCACCGUGUUAGACCGGCUCACCGUGUUAGACCGGCUCACACUGAGAGUCGUGUUAGACCGGCUCACCGUGUUAGAUCGGCUCACUCUGAGAAAGCCGUGAGCCAGUUUAACGUGAGACCUAUGAUGUACGUGUUUUAUGGGUUUAAAUUAUAAAUUAAACUGUGACACCAGUUUAAACUGAGUUGUGAUCAACCAGUAUUACAUGAAGCUGAUAUCCGUCGGUGUGAGCCCAGUGUGGAGUUUGUGUGUGUGUAUGGAACGAGACCUGGGCCUCAGGGACUGAUGCUCAGGAUGGAUUCGUCGUCUGCAGCAGCAGCAGCAACAGUCUGUGAGCCAUGAAUAUCAACAUUAAACAGGGAGAAGGAA